CCGGACUUCCUUUUUUUGCCGUUGUUGCUCGAUACAUCCGAUGAGAGUGCAAGCAGAAAUGUCCAUCGAUGCUCGAUAAUGAGAUCCUUCAGGUUGGCUAUAUCCUAAAUCCCUUGAGUUUCCAGUGGGUCCAUUCGUGUGUCAGGUUGUGGGCUAUGCGGGUGAUGUUGUGGGGCUCAGCACUCGAUGCUUGGCGUGAUGACAUGUGGCCAUAUUCCAUUUUACGGUUCAAUUAAUUCUUUCUCUUCUCCCGAGACUUCUAUCGCCAUCCAAAGGUCUUGAAGACCUCCAGACUCAUCCCAAUCCCACGGCUUCCAACUCGCACCUUCCUCCGAGCACGCUUCCCUUUAAU